CGCUGGAAGCGGGCUGGAGGUUACUGACAGCUGCGGAAUCUCCGCAUAUUUAAUGUGUUCUGCAUAGAAAACCUUUCAGUUAUUGGGUUUUAUUGUGUACUUAAUUCUGCGCUUGAUGCAGCCGCGCGAAACAAAUACGGUGAACGGCGCAGGCUCGCACAUACGGGCGUAAUACAGCCGUGAAUACGUUACCGUUAGUUUGUUAGCUUAUGCUGCGCUUCCGAGGGCUGAGAGCGGCGCUUUUAUUGCUGCGGUGUUAGCUCAUCAGGCCCUGAGUGUGAACGCAUUGCUCCGUCUGCACCUUAGAUGCCUGAUCUAAUAUGCUAGGACCAUGUUCAAAAAUGUUUUCGGGUCAGGGUUUCUGGUGAGAACAUCUCAUGUGAUUCUGACAUGGGUCAUAACGUUAAUUCUCUUCCUGCACGAUACAGAGCUGAGGAAGCAGGAGGAGACGGGACAGCUCAUCCAGCCCGUGCUCUUCGUCCUGCUGGUGCUGCUGUCUGUGCUCCUCUACUUCGCGGUCUCUCUGAUGGACCCGGGCUUCAUCCUGUCUGAUGACACGGACUUGCAGUUCAUGCUGGGAGUCACAGAGGAGCAGCAGGACAUGAUUCCACCCACCACCAAAUCCCUGCGACAGCGCCGCUGUGGCCGCUGCCUGCUUCAGCAGCAGCCAAUGAGAUCAAAGCACUGCCAGACAUGUCAGCACUGCGUCCGGCGUUAUGACCAUCACUGCCCCUGGAUUGAGAAUUGUGUGGGUGAGAGGAACCACCGCUGGUUUGUGCUUUACCUGGCCUUCCAGCUGCUGGUGCUGCUGUGGGGCCUGCACAUUGCCUGGACGGGUUUCAGCUACGCGCCCGUCUGGCAGCUGUGGCUGCGCACAAACGGAGUGCUGCUGGUCGUCACCGUGCUGCUAGCGCUGCUCUCACUCAUCGUGCUGCUGCUGCUCGGCUCCCAUCUGUACUUGGUUUCUCUCAACACCACCACAUGGGAGUUCAUGUCACGCCACCGCAUCUCCUACCUCAAACACUGCGGCGCAGAUGAAAACCCCUUCGACCGUGGAACCUUCCAUAACCUGUGGGGUUUCUUCUGUGUGUGGGGCACCGUGGUGUGGGAGCAGGUGUACUUCAGGGAGGGCAGCGACCAGGUUUAGGUACAUUUCAGUGAUGAACAGCCUCUCUGAAUCUGGGAUUACACAUCUAACCAGUGUUCCCUUUACAUAAGCACUUGUGUUGUUGUGCCAUAACUGUGCAACAUUUCCCCUCUUCUCGUCCUCUGUGUUCAGCACUGAGGUGGAUUGCUUGCAUUUCCUGUUUUGACCUCCUCUUUCCACGUUGAGGCAGUCAUAGUAAAAACUGUGGGCAUGUUCAAAAUAGUCAGUUUUGCUUUGGAAGGUUUCUAAUGAGUGAAGCGACCUGGAAGUGUCUGCAUGCAGCCAUAAUGAAAGCCAUUCGAAUUCCCCAAACACGAAUGAAAGAUCCUUCAGUGCUUCCUUUAUUAACGCCUUUAACAGAAGAUACACUGGAUCAAACUGACCAGAUUCUGUGUGAUUCAGUUCACAUUAAUGUUUGUUGUUGUAUUGCAGCCUUUAGGAUUAUCAUGGAAUUCAUUUGUACUUUGGGUCAGCUAGGAUAAGUGACGGAUACAGAUUUAAAUCCUAAACAAGGAGUUACAGGAAAAAAUACAAGAAAAAAGGAUUUAUUUUCUUUUAUUGGCUUACAGGACAGAUUUACUAAGCAGGGCAAAUUAGUGUGAUCUAUAAUAGUUCACUAAUUUAUAACGAUGCAGUCGGUCCAUUUCAGUGAUGGCCAGUAUUCUGCCAAGAGCGGCACAAAUUAACAACAGCAGACCUGAUGAGUGUCAUACUGACUAAAAUAAUCGUGUGUAAGCGCAGGUCUGACAGAAGCUGCUGGGACUGUGAGGUCCUGAGGACUGAGGUGGAGCUCAGGAUUUAUCCAGAGGAGAGCUGCAUCAUUACAAAGGGCCUGCGCGAUGUGUAGAAGAACACAAAACAUAGUUUACCAUCAGAUCCUGAGCCCUGUAUGUGUUAAUGAAAAUACUGUUACUGCUUAAAUGCACACAUUGCUCUGUUUUUGUUUUUCUUUCCCCAGCAGUCACAUAUUGGGACAUUCAGGCAUUCAUCUAAGCUCUAGGUCUGUUAAAUAACUACCAGAAAUAAGUCUUGGCCUGUGCACAGUGCCGAGGAAAGUUCCUCUCUGUUUCAGCAGAAUCCCAGUAUUAUUAGGAGCACAACAUUCCAGGUGAGGAAUCUUUAUUUUUCUUAAAAAUUCCAACCUUUGUAAUGAAGUGAUAUUUUUCACUGGUUCUCAUUAAUAUGAUCUGCAUGAAACACCACAGUAAGCGCACGCUGGGGUGAAAUAAGAUGCACGUGUCGCAGUCCAUUUAGUGGAUAGUGUAUUUUCAACACAGCAGAGUCUGGUGUAAGUGAGGUUGGAUUCACAGCACACAUUUCCUCAUGAGGUUUUCCAUCAAGGAAAAGGAGAGAGGUCCUUUUGGGGGGGGGGCAUCAAAUGUACCCUGUGUGUUCCCUGAAUGAGGUAGCUGCUCUUAGUAACUGGUAACCAGCACUGCAGCAUUCCUCCUUAUUGUUUACAGCCACAGCAAGUACAUCAGUUCCUCAAAACCAGCAGUCAGCUGCUGCACUUUGUCUGCAGGUGUUUCACACACCUGAGCCAAUCAGUUGAGCUCAGUCUUUACAUACGGUCCUGCCUCCUCUACUAAAUCAUGCGAUGAUGAUAACCUGACUCUGACUGUUACUGAGUUCUGAUGUUUACCCUCAAUUCACAUCAAAUACUGCAUUAAAAUUUGAGUAAAAAUACUUGUGGAUCAGACAAUCCACGUCUGCAGUUUCUCACUGGAGUCAGAUCCUGAUUAACAAACUUACUUUUAGUGUAGUGGGUUUCAUUCUCUUGUAGUUUCAUGUGAUAAGUACUUUACUCUGCAGAGGUUUUACAGGAGCCAACAGCUUUGGUCAUUAAAGUAGGUUAGUCCAAGUGAGUGUUUGAAAUAUGAACUGUAUUGUUCCUGGCAUUUAAUCCAUACAUGAUGUACAGGAUGAUGUUUUGACUGUUCAGUGUCUCAAGCUAUUUUAUAUUGUACAUAUUUUUUUAAACUAUUUUUGAGCAGAAAAUGUCUUUAGAGUUUUGUAAAACUAUUUUAACAGUGACUGGAACGAACACUGGCUGUUAGCUAUAAAAGCUUUAAGUGCAAUACUUUGGUAUUUCCAUUUGAGCUUCUCGUUGUGCAAUAGUAACCAUGUAAGACGGCAAUAAAUGUGUUUCAUUCGGUGUACAACAGCUGUGCUGGAAAAGACGCAGACUCCCUCUGCUUAGACAUCGUCUGUGAGAUCUCUGCUUUUUACAGAUGAACGUUUACUGUCUGUGGUGUAAUUCUCAAUUAUAUGCAAUACUGUCAUGCAAUGUUUUUUUACUACUUUGAAAGUAAACUCAAUAAAUGU